CGACUGCGGCGAUAAACAAAUGCAACACAUUCGGUUGAGAGAAGGUUCCUACUUUUUGGGUCGUUUUUAAUGUGUUGAGUUAACUAACUAUAAGGUGAAAGACAUGACUGAGUUAAGGAUGAGAGGAAGAGGAGCGGAUCCCGACAGCGUUAGUGGAAACAAGGAGGCAGCUGGAGAGGACAGAUUGGGUCUGGCUGGAGGAGAGGGAGAUGGAGACCGAGAGUCUAACGCAGGCACUCCAGAAGUUCCUCCCUCCACAGUAGACAACACUCCACAGUUCCUCAACAAGGCUGUGGAGGGCCUCAACCCCAGAUGGAAGAACUGGUGGAUCCGAGGGGUUCUGUCUCUGGCCAUGAUUUCAGGAUUCUUUAUGGUCAUCUACCUGGGACCCACCAUGCUCAUAUUAGUGGUGAUGACCAUCCAGAUCAAGUGUUUUCAGGAGAUCAUAGAUAUCGGCUACAGAGUCUACCAUUCCUACGAGCUGCCCUGGUUCAGGACACUCAGCUGGUACUUCCUGAUUUGUGUGAACUACUUCUUCUAUGGUGAGACGUUGGCGGAGUACUUUGGUGCGUUGGUUCAGAGAGAGGAUUCACUCCAGUUCCUGGUCCGAUACCACCGCUUCAUCUCCUUCACUCUCUACCUGGCAGGUUUCUGCAUGUUUGUUCUGAGUCUAGUGAAGAAACAUUACCGUCUGCAGUUUUAUAUGUUUGCGUGGACCCAUGUAACCCUCCUGAUCGUGGUUACACAGUCUCACCUAGUCAUUCAGAACCUGUUUGAAGGAAUGAUCUGGUUCAUCGUCCCCAUCUCCAUAGUGAUAUGCAAUGACAUCAUGGCCUACCUGUUUGGUUUCUUCUUUGGCAGAACGCCACUCAUUAAGCUGUCUCCUAAGAAGACGUGGGAGGGGUUUAUAGGAGGCUUCUUCGGGACCCUGGUCUGUGGCUUCGUACUGGCCUGCCUGCUAGCUCAGUUCCAGUACUUUGUAUGUCCUGUGGAGUACAACAGCGAGACCAACCGUUUCACCGCGGACUGUGAACCCUCUGACAUCUUUGUGAUGCAACAGUACACAUUUCCUUUCGCUGUCCAGAACAUCCUCACAUGGAAAACGGUGAACCUGUACCCGUAUCAGAUCCACAGUGUGGUGCUCUCCACCUUCGCCUCUCUGAUUGGUCCCUUUGGAGGAUUCUUUGCCAGCGGCUUCAAGCGAGCGUUCCAGAUCAAAGACUUUGCAGACACCAUCCCUGGUCACGGGGGCAUCAUGGAUCGCUUCGACUGUCAGUAUCUGAUGGCUACCUUCACUCACGUUUACAUAGCCAGCUUCAUCAGAGGUCCCAACCCCAGCAAGGUGUUACAGCAGCUGUUGGUCCUGCAGCCAGAGCAGCAGCUCAGUAUCUUCAACGCCAUGAGAGACCGCCUGAGAGACAGGGGAAUACUGCCCCCUGCUGCCAUGUAGUACACACACACAGAGAGACAGACAGACAGACAGACAGACAGACAGACAGAGAGAGAGAGAGAGAAUUGUCUUUUGGCUGCUUGUGUGUUACUAGAUUUACACAUCUAGUUUUUCUGGAUCUAUGUCAAGUAAUGCGAGGGAGAAAAAAAUGGCACAGCAGCCAUUUCGGGACGGGGUGUAGAUGAGCACACAUGGCAAUCAUCUUUUUUUGGUGAUUUCUACCUUCUUCCAGAAACUCUUCUGAACAGCGACUGUUUUGUUUUUCUUGUUCUUUUAAUCCUCAUUACUGUGCUCCCAGCAACAAGACGUUAGCUUUUACAAAUAACAACAAUACUUUCACGACUUUACAUGUACCACUGGGACCUGCACAAGCACCUGCACCAACAAACUACAGUAAGCCAAUGUAAUGCUACCAUGCUAACUAGCGGCAGCAACAUUUUAAAGACUAAAGGCUGCGUUGCUCUGAAGAAACCAAAUUGAUCCUAGUUAAGAGCGCAUAUGGUUUGUUUCAUAACGUACUGUAGGGGACAGUGACUGGCAGUCACCCUGUGGAUGGAUGGAGAUUAUUACAGUGAUUUUUAUCCGAACUGAAGGAAGACACAGGGCAAAUCUUACAGAACCAGGAUAGCAGCUUAUCCUGGGUUGGCGUUGGCUUGGAGCAACAGCAGGGUCUUAUUCACUAGACACCAAACCGAAGAAAACGGACCGGAACAGGGAAGUACUGACCUGAAUUUGUCCAAUUAGAAACGUCUGUUUUCUGUUGCAUAAGUGUGCAGUAAUGAACGUUUUUGGGCGCUGCCCUAAUAUGUUGAAGAUACUAAACACACUUGACUUGGGCAUGGUGUUUAUUUAAUAGUAGUAUGUAUCUGUCUAUAUGAGAGAUGAUGGUCUUCACGUCAACAUGACGUAUACAACAAUAAUACGAUCUAAAACGUUUAAGCAUGUUCCUAAGUCCUGUCGUUCAUUACAACUGCAAUAAGCUGUUUUUCUUCUGAAGUAGUUUUAGUUUCUAGAUUGACCUACUGUUAGGUUUUGGAACUUCACCUCACGCUAUAAUACACACUACCAUUCAAAGGUUUUUCUUUAUAUUUACUAUUUUCUACAUUGUAGAAUAAUAGUGAAGACAUCAAAACUAUGAAAUAACACAGUAAUCAAAAAUGUGUUAAACAAAUCAAAGUAGCCACCCAGUGCCUUGAUGACAGCUUUGCACACUUGGCAUUCUCUCAACCAGCUUCAUGAGGUAGUCACCUGGAAUGCAUUUCAAUUAACAGAUGUACCUUGUUAAAAGUUCAUUUGUGGAAUUACUUUCCUUAAUGCAUUUUAGCCAAUCAGUUGUGUUGUGACAAGGUAGGAGUGAUAUACAGAAGAUAGCCCUAUUUGCUAAAAGACCAAGUCCAUAUUAUGGCAAGAACAGCUCAAAUAAGCAAAGAAAAACAACAGUCCAUAAUUACUUUAAGACAUGGUCAGUCAAUCCGGAACAUUUCGAGAACUUUGAAAGUUUAUUCAAGUGCAGUCAACUGUUCAGAGGAGACUGAGUGAAUCAGACCUUCAUGGUCGAAUUUCUGCAACAGCAAAAAAACACUACGAAAUGACACCGAUAAGAAGAAGAGACUUGCUUGGGCCAAGAAACAAGAGCAAUGGACAUUAGCCCAGUGGAAAUCUGUCCUUUGGUCUGAUGAGUCCAAAUUUGAGGUUUUUGGUUCCAACCACCGUGUCUUUGUGAGACGCAGAGUAGGUGAACGGAUGAUCUCUGCAUGUGUGGUUCUCACCGUGAAGCAUGGAGGAGGUGGUGUGAUGGUUUUUGCUGGUGACAGUCUGUGAUUUACUUAGAAUUCAAGGCACACUUAACCACCAUGGCUACCACAGCAUUAUGCAGUGAAACGCCAUCCCAUCUGGUUUGUGCUUAGUGGGACUAUCAUUUGUUUUUCAACAGGACAAUGACCCAAUACACCUACAGGCUGUGUGUAAGGGCUAUUUGACCAAGAAGGAGAGUGAUGGAGUGCUGCAUCAGAUGGCCUGGCUGCCACAAUCACCCAACCUCAACCCUAUUGAGAUGGUUUGGGAUGACCGCAGCGUGAAGGAAAAGCAGCCAACAAGUGCUCAGCAUAUGUGGGAACUCCUUCAAGACUGUUGGAAAAGCAUUCCAGGUUAAUCUGGUUGAUAGAACACCAAUAGUGUGCAAAGCUGCCUUCAAAGCAAAGGGUGGCUACUUUGAAGAAUCUAAAAUUAAAUAUAUUUUGGUUACAACGUGAUUCUGUGUGCGCUAUUUCAUAGUUUUGAUGUCUUCACUAUUAUUUUACAAUGUAGAAAAUAGUAAAAUAAAAUGAGUAGGUGUGUCGAAACUUUUGACUGGUAGUGCAUUUCUGUAGGUAUGGAUCACUGUAAACAAAUGCAGAAAAAUUACAGUAAUUUUCAAAAUAAUUAGCUACAUUUCCCGAAAUCCUAGUUGUAAUAUUCCCCAAAAAUCGGGAGGAAAUAAGCAAGAAAUCCGAUAUCCUCCAACCGGGAUUUCUGGGAAUUUGGGGAAAGUUACCGGAAUUUGGCAACUAUAGCAACCAGCACACACUAUUACACUGUGUACAUAUCUCCAAUGCAUUACUGUACAUACGAAUAUCAUAUUUAUCUGAACUAAGACCUAAUAUCAAAUCUUUAAACUAUGAAAACUAUAUGCAAAAUAACCAUAUAAUGGGACGUUAUUAUUUAUCUGUAGCAAUAGCAUUAAUAAACUGUGGUUGAAUAGGUAGCUAGGUGGGGAGGGGGUAUAAACUUUUUUUUUUUUGGGGGGCAUCUAUUAACAUAUAAGGUGAACUGCUGAUGUGAGAAUGUCUAGGGUAACUUAAACUUGAGAUUGUGAAAGAUAUCAUUUUUUUAACUACCUUUUUCUGUCUAGCCUUAUUAACCAAUUAUUUUAGUUGAUUGUCCAUCUCUCUUCAGCUGACCUGAACCAUUCAACUGUUCCAAUAUUCCUAUUAUUUUUCUUACCAGACUCGGAUCUUUUGUAAAAAUAUUUGUAGAAAAUAACAUUUUAGAAGUCUACUUAUUUUUUGUAUUGCUCUUGAAGGGGGUAUUGAGAGAAUUCAAGAUAUUUUGGUAACAUUUCAUGUUAUGAUUGCGGUGUGAGGCGAAUUACAGUGCGUGUACACACAUUACUCAGUGGCCAGUUUAUUAGGUACACCACUCCGUUCACAUAAAUGCUUUGCUUUUCCAGCGAGUCAAGUGGAUGUGGUUUGCUAUAUAAAGGAAUCAGACAGGCAUCGAGACAUUCAGUUACUGUUCCAUUGACCGUUAGAAUGGGGGAAAACUAGUGACCCAAGUGACUGGGCGUGGUGUGAUCGUUGGUUCCAGUAUCUCAGAAACGGCCGGCCUCCUGCGUUUUUCACUCACGACAGUCAGUGGGUGUCCUGCGUCUGGAAACGGCUUGUUGAAGAGAAAGUCGAAGGAGAAUGGCAAGAAUCGUGCGAACAGGUGGGCAACAAACAGGCAAAUAACAGGCACAGUAUAACAGUGGUGUGCUGAACGGCAUCUAGGAACACAACUCGUCGGACCGGGUUCCGGAAUGUUUUCGGACCGGGUUCCGGAAUGUUUUCGGACCGGGUUCCUGGAAUGUUUUCGGACCGGGUUCCUGGAAUGUUUUCGGACCGGGUUCCGGAAUGUUUUCGGACCGGGUUCCGGAAUGUUUUCGGACCGGGUUCCUGGAAUGUUUUCGGACCGGCUUCCACUCCUAUCAGCUAAAAACAAGAAGAAGAAGUGGAUCCAGCAGGGACGCCAUCACCAACACUGGACAAUAGAGGUGUGGAAAAACAUAGCCUGGUCUGACAAAUCCCAGUUCCUGUUGCAUCAUGUUGAUGGCAGGGUCAGGAUUUAGCGUAAGCAGCAUGAGUCCAUGGCCCCAUCCUGCCUGGUGUCAACGGUACAGGCUGGUGGUGGUGAUGUCGGGAAUGUUUUUCUGGCACACGUUAGGUCCCUUGAUACCAAUUUGAGCAAGGUUUCCAUGUCCUGAAUAAUUCAGGCUGUUCUGAACGCAAAGGGGAGUCCAACCUGGUACUAGAUGGGUGUACCUAAUAAACUGGAAACUGAGUGUAUAUAAAGUAGAUUAUAUUCAGAAGAGUAGUUGUAUCUUUCAGAAAUGUGGUUGCUUUUGAAUCUAUAAAGGCAUAUGGAUGGGGCUUCUGUGUUAGGCUGGUAUUCAAUCAAACACCAGUACAGGAGAAUCUGCACUGUGGCAAAACAUUACCACUUUGCGGUAACAUGAAAGUCGUGAUUUGAUAAACAAUGUUUACUGGUUGAAAAAUAAAUCGGAAAACAAACUCUCACUCAGUUGAAUGAUGCAAAGAAAGGGUGAUUUUUUUUCGUUGUUGUUGUUGCAUUGGAGAGAGAGAGAGAAAAUCCAUCUAGUCUUUUGAUUGAUUUGAAUCCAAAACCUUCAUCUGUUCUGAUUAGCAGAGAGAGAGAGAUACUUCCAGAAGUGUUUACCAAAGCACGGUCUGAAACACUUCCUUGAUUUGAGGUUUUUACGUAUUUAUUUCCUCCAGAUACAUUUUUUGUGCUUCCUGGUUUCUUGCUCAUGUUGAAGUAACUGCUCCCUUCUGUGGAUUUGUGGAACUAGUUCUGUACUGUAGAAUUGUGGUGUCACUUCUAAAGCCCUCCCCAUUGGCCAAACGGCUUCUCUCUCUAUUGGUUCCUGCUUGGGAUUUUUAUAGAUUGUUUCCGUAUGGAAGUUUUAACUGUCCACUCGCUUAUUAAAACACAUGAACAGAUGCACAUGGAUGAUAGAAAUCAAGAGUUCUUGGUUUGGCCCCAUACGAGAAACCCCUUUUUUAUGCUUCUAGGUAGAACCCUUUUGGUGGUGCGAAAGGUACUACCACGUAGAACAUUGCAUUAGUGAAAGGAAAGUGUUAUUUUUCGGAGGGUUCUCCUUAUGCGGGAACAAUUUGAAGAACCCUUUUAUGGUUCUAGGUAGCGCCGCCUUUUAAGAGGGUACAGCAUGUGGUGUUCAACCAAAAGUGGCGCUGUCCAAAGUGAAGACGUGGUCGAGGCGUAUGAGACUUAAGGUGUGAAAUGGCUGCAGUUCAAAUGAGAUUUAAGUUGGUGUGGUUUUAGUUAUGUUGUGAUAAUAUAGAAGCCUAUAUACUGUUGGCAACACGGUAGGUAGUAUUGCAAUGAACACGACCUAAAGUGCAAGUCCGAUAACCUAAAUACCAGGUAUUAUGCAAAAGUUUGGGGUCUCGUGUCUUUUUAGUAAUUUUUUGACUAUUUUUGAUUGCUUAUGCAGAAUUUGUUUUCUAAUAAAUCUCUAGCUUUUUGAAGUGGGGUAAGAUUGAAAAGUUGACGUUGUAUUGUGAAAUACAGAGUUAAGAUAAUAUAUACUAACAUUUGAUUUGACACACACACACAGUGCUGUAUGAAAGCAUAGUGCCGAUAAUGAUUAGUUACAUUGUGAUUCUGUAUGGAGGUGAAUAAAUCCUUUUUAUUUUUCCCCCUUUACAAAAAUAUACAUCUCCUGGUUUUGUUUGUUUCUUCUCUUGAGAAUCUGAAUUCAUGAAGAUAUAUUUUCACCACAAGGUUCUCACCUGUUAAACCCUUUCAAGGAAGCACUUUUAUUCCCUCCUAAACUGGUUUUGUGUAGAACUCGGAGCCUGUAUUCUAAGAGAGGACGAGUGCUGAUCCUGGAUCAGUUCUCUUGACGGCGCUAUAUGGAUGCAAGAUCAGUAUGUUACAUUUAAUUUGAUUUUUUUUUAAAGACAGAUUGUUCCUUUUUUUAAAGCAGUUUAUUGAUUAUUUAAAAAAAAAAAAAGACUUGCAGUGUUAACAGUGAUUGACAUAGCACUUGUAUAGCUUAAUCUCUUGGGAUCUACGUAAACACAACUGGUACUGUAGAAUUUUUGUCGGGAAGGAAUGGGGGAAAACGAGCAGCAGUUGCUUGCAAAGAGAGAGAGGGGGUGGAGCUUCUCGUUCAGGUUCAGCUCCUCAAUUUAAACAACGCAUCGACCAAGAACUUCAAUCAGCUGACCAAUUAUGCAAGACAUUAGUUCUGGAUUAAGAACAUUUGAUUCCUUAUUUGAGCUCUAAAAGCAGAGAACACUGAAGCAUUCUGAAUUUAAAGUGCUUUUUCAACAUCAAAACACAAAACAUUAUUGCAGCAAUAACAGUGACCUCCGUGACCUUUUUUUUUUAUCGGGAAAGAAACGUCACAUCCAGAAUAUUGCAAAGAAAAAACGUGUUUUUACAUCUCAAUAUAAUGUAACAUUGCACAUCUAUAUUAAAUAAAUAUCUGUCUUCAACCAGG